UUCGGAGUGUUGGGUUGGGGUUGGGUUUGCCCAGCCCCGAGAGAGAGCGAAAGGGGGGAUUUAGGUUCGGUCGGACGCGAUCCUGCGACAACUCUCUCGCUCUCGCUCGUAUUGGGGACAGAAUUUUGCGAGAUCCGUGAUUGGUCGCCGUUCUUCCUCGUUCCCGACUCUGUUUUCCCCAUUUCCCCCCGUCUCUCGCCUUCUCUAACCCGAUCGACCAAUCCUUCCGUCGAUCGUACCUGCUGCUGCUGCUGAAAAGAGAAGAUAAACGCAGAGGCGGUCGAUGACGACGACCACGACGACAUCAGGUUCAGGGCAUCGAAUCGAAUCGGCGGCGCGGACGGUAGUAUGAUCCGAGCUGCAUGCGAACGAAUUAGAGUGGUGGGGUCCUCAUACUGUAGCUCGUUAGAAGCGGCCACCGAGGUGCGACGAGAAAAGGAUCGCGGAUAUGAAUGUGCAGGCUCGAAUAUCAGGGCAGAUCUCGGGGCAGGUACCUGCUAAUCAGGGCAGCACGCAGCUGCCUUCCAUGUCCCAGCAUCGCGGAAACUCGUUGCAGAAUCCCGGGAACUCUGGCAUGGACCCUGAAUUCCUUGCUGGCCGCAAAACUAUGUGCGAGAAGAUUUUUACUUAUCUACAAAGAAGAAAUCAUCCCUUGACUGGUGACUGGCAGCGUAGGCUACCAGAACUUGCAAAGCGCUUGGAAGACUGCAUAUACAAGGAAAAUACCACUAAGGAGGAGUACCUGAAAAUGUUGGUGGGGCCAAUUGAGCAACGUUUGCAGUCUAUCAUAAGAAAUCUACAACACAACAGCCAGCACUCAUCACAAAAUAUAACAUCUGCCUCCACCUACAGUACAAUGAUUCCGACGCCUGGUAUGCCCCAUAGUGCAGGAGGCAAUUCUACAAUCUCUAGUAAUGCGAUGGAAAAUGCCGCAAACACAAUGGGUGGUGCUGGUAUGCUGCCUCAGACCACCAAUAUGGGGAGCUUACUGCCAGCAGCCAGUAACUUAGCUGAUGUUGGGCAUAAUGCCUCCUUCAAUGCAUACGAUGGGUCAAUUACUAAUGGUUACCAACACUCGUCUGCCAAUGUUUCUCUUGGUUCUUCUGGAACUAACAUAGCAUCUUCAGUAGCUUCGAUGGGCAUGUCGUCCCGACAAUAUAGUCAAAUGAUCCCGACUCCAGGAUUCAAUAAUCAAGGGACGAUAUCAAUGAAUUCUGAAUAUUCUAAUGGAGGUGGAUUUGUCAGCACUGAUUCUUCUACUAUGUCUGCGCAAAUACAACCGCAGCAGCAAAAACAGUAUGCUGGAAAUCAAAGUAGCCAUAUGAUGCAUCUUGGAGGGCAAAUUGGUGCUGGAAUGCGGUCCAAUUUGCAGCAAAAGCCUUCUUCCUAUGGGUUCUCAAAUGGUCUAAUGAAUGGUGGAUUGAGUUUACCUGGGAGCAACAAUCAGCAGCUAGUGAAUGGACCUGCAGCAUCUGAAGGAUACAUGAACCUAGCCUCGUAUGGUAGUACACCAAAACCUCUGCAGCAGAACUUCAAUCAGCAGCACCCUCAACAAAGGAUUCCAACAUCAUUGUCACAGCAAAUUAUGCCGAUGAUGGCUGACGGUUAUGCAAUGAAACCAGGUGAUUUGGCAGGUACUGGAAAUUUUUAUGGUCCGGGUUCGUCAGUUAUAUCCUCAACAAGCAACCCGAAUGCAAAUGCUGUAAACAUGCAGUCCAAGUUGAGAACAAAUCAGGCAUUGCUUAGCCAUCACUCUGGUGUGCAAGCCAUGCCGCUGCAGCAGCCUCCUUUGAGAUCUCAAAUGUUUGACCAUCCAGAUAAGGUCAACUUUCAGUCAUCCCAAUUGAUUCCCGACCAAUUAGUUCAGUCACAACAGCUGAUGCAGCAUUCUCAGCAACAGUCUAAUCAGCCUUACGCGCAGUUUGUUCAAAACCAACACCAAUUACAGCGACAACAUCAACAAAGCCCACAGCACCAACAAUUUAUAUUGAAGGGCACUUUGAGGCAAUCUUCAGUGGCUUCCGGUCUGGCUGAACAAGUGAUGCCUGAACAUCCUAUGCUGUCUCAUAACGACUUGGUACUUCCACAAUCAAUUGAACAUGUUCAACUUCCAGAGUUACCGGGUCAAUACCAGCAAAAAACUCCAUACAGUAACAGUAAAGCUGAUCAAUUGAACAAUCAUUUGGUUGGUUCUCAGGACAUCCAUGCUCUAGUUUCACAAGAUUCGCAGCAAUUGGUGCUUUCACACCAGCAAUCUGAUGGAACUCAUAAUGAGUUGAAUCGCCUUCCUAGCAGUCAGUGGAGACCUCAACUGCUGCAGAAAACCCACAUGGCUGCUGAUAAUUCUUUGCUGGAAAGGCAUGUACAAGAGGAACUUCAUCAGAGAAUAUCAGGACGGGAUGAAGCUCAGCCACUUUGCAUUCCCCUAGAAGGGAGUGUCACCCAUACUUCUGGAGCCAAUGCAGCAAGUGCUGCUGCUCCAAGGUAUCCAAAAAACACAGUUGCUAUGGGAUCUGAACACACCACGCAAGAAGGUAAUUACUAUAAUCAACUAAGGUUGUUGCUGUUCUUGCACCAUGCUCGUCGUUGUCCAGAUCCACCAGGGAAAUGUCCAGAUCGUUCCUGCACGAAAGCUCAGCAACUAGUGAAGCAUAUUAAUAAUUGUAACAGUAAGCAGUGCACAUACACUUACUGUUCAGACUCUAGGAAAGUCCUUCUCCACUACCGUAAUUGCAACCUUGUAGAUUGUCCCGUCUGUAGUCGUGCGCGCAAAUAUUUAUCAGCACCUAAUAAUCAAAAGGCUCCAACUCAAAAGACAUCUGAUCAAAAUGCGCCAUGGAGAAUAAUCAAUGGGGCCGGUGCUGAUAAGAUGGAGAUUGACACCGUUUCAAUUGAAACCUCGGAAUUUGAUCAGCAGUCAUUGCCAAAGCGUAUGAGAAUAAUGCAGCCUCUGUCCCCGUCUCUUGGUCUGCCAAGCGAAAUUUCUUCUAUUCCUGUUCAUCCCAUAAAUCCUACACUUGCUGCGUCAAAGGUGCCUACGCUUGGCGCAUCCCAGGUGCCUGCCCCUGGUGCUCCACAGGAGAUACCUUCUCAAGUUGUUGAACAGAUUAACAUGACAUUGCCUGCAAAGACAGAGGUCUUUGAUGCAAAGAUUGAUCCUGUCGCGUGCUUCACACAGGAAAAGUCGGUUACCUUUGGUUAUGGAAUUGAUGAGCACGUAUGCACUGUGAGACCUAGUGUAGAGCUGUGUACUUCAAAUGAGGUUGAUUGUCAUGUCAAGCAAGAGACAAUGGUGGCUGAAGGAGAGAUCCAUGAGAAUAACAUUGAAGUUAAGCAGGAAAUGAAUGACUUAACAGCGGACUCUGCAACAGGAAGUAAAUCAGGAAAACCAAAGAUAAAAGGUGUUUCAAUGACGGAAUUGUUCACUCCAGAGCAAAUAAGGGAGCACAUUGUUAGUCUUAGGCAGUGGGUUGGUCAGAGUAAGGCGAAAGCUGAAAAGAAUCAAGCAAUGGAACAUUCAAUGAGCGAGAACUCAUGCCAGCUGUGCGCAGUGGAAAAGCUUACCUUUGAGCCUCCGCCCAUAUAUUGUUCAGUUUGUGGUGCUCGCAUAAAGCGAAAUGCGAUGUAUUAUACAAUUGGAAGUGGUGAAACCCGACACUAUAUAUGUGUUCCUUGCUACAAUGAGUGUCGUGGUGACACCAUGGAGGUGGAAGGUUCUCAGUAUCUGAAGGCAAAAUUUGAGAAAAAGAAAAAUGACGAGGAAACCGAAGAAUGGUGGGUGCAAUGUGAUAAAUGUGAAGCAUGGCAGCACCAAAUUUGUGCUCUUUUUAAUGGUCGAAGAAAUGAUGGUGGACAAGCUGAAUAUACUUGCCCUAAUUGCUACAUAGAAGAGAUAGAAAGAGGCGAGCGGAAGCCCUUGCCACAGAGUGCUGUUCUUGGAGCAAAAGAUCUUCCAAGAACUAUACUCAGCGAUCACAUUGAGCAACGACUUUCCAAGCGGCUUAAGCAAGAGAGACAGGAGCGAGCAAGUCAUCUUUCGAAAUGUUUUGACGAGGUACCUGGAGCAGAAGGUCUUGUAGUUAGAGUUGUUUCAUCAGUUGACAAAAAAUUGGAAGUGAAACCUCGGUUUUUGGAAAUAUUUCAGGAAGAGAACUACCCAACAGAGUUUCCAUAUAAGUCUAAGGCUAUAUUGUUGUUCCAGAAAAUAGAAGGUGUAGAAGUAUGCCUUUUUGGCAUGUAUGUUCAAGAAUUUGGUUCAGAAUGCCCUUUCCCUAACCAGCGGCGUGUGUAUCUAUCAUAUUUGGACUCUGUCAAGUACUUCAGGCCUGAUACAAGAACAUUGGGCGGGGAAGCUCUUCGCACUUUUGUUUAUCAUGAAAUUCUGAUAGGAUAUCUUGAAUAUUGCAAGAAGCGUGGGUUCACUAGCUGCUAUAUAUGGGCUUGUCCUCCUCUCAAGGGUGAAGAUUACAUCUUAUAUUGUCAUCCUGAGAUUCAGAAAACCCCAAAAUCUGACAAACUGCGUGAGUGGUACUUGUCUAUGCUUCGAAAAGCUACCAAGGAAAAUAUCGUUGUAGAUCUUACAAAUCUUUAUGAUCAUUUUUUUGUAACCGUUGGGGAGUGCAAGGCUAAGGUCACUGCAGCUCGUUUGCCAUACUUCGAUGGAGAUUACUGGCCAGGGGCAGCAGAAGAUAUGAUCAACCAACUGCUUAAGGAAGAAGAUGAUAGGAAGCAACAAAAGAAGGGGAAAACCAAAAAGACACUUACAAAAAGGGCUUUGAAAGCUGCUGGUCAGGCUGAUCUUUCUACCAAUGCCUCCAAGGAUGCUUUAUUGAUGCAGAAACUUGGUGAAACGAUCUAUCCGAUGAAGGAAGACUUCAUUAUGGUCCAUCUGCAGCAUGUGUGCACACACUGCUGUCUCCUAAUGGUAUCUGGGACACGCUGGGUUUGCAACCAGUGCAAAAAUUUUCAACUAUGUGACAAGUGUCAUGAAGCUGAACAAAGAGUUGAGGAGAGGGACAGACAUCCAAUUAAUAGUAGGGAGAAGCAUAUGCUCUACCCAGUUGAAAUCAUUGAUGUGCCUGCUGAUACAAAGGACAAAGACGAGAUCCUAGAGAGCGAGUUCUUUGACACGAGGCAGGCAUUCUUGAGUCUUUGUCAAGGCAAUCAUUAUCAAUAUGACACCCUACGUCGUGCUAAGCAUUCGUCAAUGAUGGUCUUAUACCACCUCCAUAAUCCAACCGCACCGGCUUUUGUAACCACGUGCAAUAUGUGCCAUCACGAUAUUGAAGCUGGUCAGGGUUGGCGUUGUGAAGUUUGCCCUGAUUUUGAUGUCUGCAAUGCUUGCUACCAGAAGGAAGGCGGUGCUAAUCAUCCUCAUAAACUAACAAAUCAUCCAUCCAACGCUGAUCGUGAUGCACAAAAUAAGGAAGCUAGACAGAAACGAGUUUUGCAGCUAAGGAAAAUGCUAGAUCUUUUGGUGCACGCAUCACAGUGUCGCAUUGCAUAUUGCCAAUACCCUAACUGCCGCAAAGUGAAGGGACUCUUUCGUCAUGGUAUACAGUGCAAAAUACGAGCUUCAGGAGGUUGUGUUCUGUGUAAGAAAAUGUGGUAUCUUCUUCAGCUCCAUGCCCGAGCUUGUAAAGAAUCAGAAUGUACUGUGCCCCGCUGCAGGGAUUUGAAGGAGCAUUUAAGAAGGUCGCAGCAGCAGUCCGAGUCCAGGCGGAGGGCCGCAGUGAUGGAGAUGAUGAGACAGCGAGCCGCUGAAGUAGCUUGCACCACAGAGUAACCAAGCCAACUCGAAUUUCUGUACAGAUCACAUAAUAGCUUUUGCCGAGCAGUAGGAUCAGAAUUUGCAAGGGGAGGAUGAGGAGCAGGUUGCUGACUGCUUCCUUGUGCAGUCCACUGUAUUGGGGUAGUAUUUUUUUUUUGACAGAUUGUUAUGCAAGUGGAAAAAGAGGUUCCUCGCCAACGCUGCUCAGAUUCAAAUUCAUGGAGUGGACAAAAAUUGCUCCUCCAUUUCAACUUUGUGUUGUAGAACAAGAUGGGAGGAAGUCGUGCAAUUGGUUAUCAUCUCCAAUGCUAGCCAUGAUCUCGCCAAUCCGCAAAGGUUAUUUGAUAGGUCUCUACUCUCAACCUCUUAUGGUGGGGGUGAUUCUUUUAUUUAUCUUGUAUCGUACCACUCUGUCUACUGCUGGUGGUGACUGUACAAAAAGAUGUCCGUCCCGGUGACAUAUCAUCUUUGCUUCUUUUUUUUUUUUUUUUUUUUUUUUUUUUUUNUUUUUUUUUUUCCUUCUUCUUUUAAUUACUUUCUAUUUUUAAUCUUCUUUUCCUUUUCUUUUUUUUUUUUUCGAAGGGUCGGGAUGAAAAGGGGCCGUUGUGUUGUCAAAUCCUAUCCCAUUUUGUAAAAUGCUCUUUUUAAUUUAAAUAUACAGAAAUAAGUAGUUCUCUCAGCA